AUGCCUCACAAUCUACAAUUGGACCGUAUUCGUAGGCUGGUUACAAGUAUUUUACCUUUCUGUAAAGACGCUGAAGGAAUCCGNNNNUCUGUAAAGACGCUGAAGGAAUCCGGCCACGAACACGUGUACGCUGCCGUCGAGAGGCCGCUGCUCUGGGCGCAAUCCGCCGCCGUAUUGGAGAUAUUACACGGCCUAAUUGGAUUGGUCAGAUCUCCGGUCAGUGCUACACUGCCCCAAAUUAGCUCCAGAUUGUACGUAGCGUGGGGGAUUUUGUGGAGUUUUCCUGAAAUACGGACUCAUUUUCUCGUUAGUUCAUUGGUGAUUAGUUGGUCAAUUACUGAAAUUAUUCGAUAUUCGUUUUUCGGUUUGAAGGAAGCUUUUGGUUCUGCUCCAUCAUGGCUGCUUUGGCUGAGGUACAGCACGUUUCUUAUAAUGUACCCCACGGGAAUUUCAAGUGAAGUGGGUUUGAUAUACAAUGCAUUGCCUUACAUGAAGGAAUCAUUGAAAUACAGCAUAAGCAUGCCUAACAAAUGGAAUUUUUCCUUUGAUUACUAUUACUUGGCACUUGGGGUUCUCGGCGUUUAUGUUCCUGGGAGUCCUCAUAUGUACGGGUACAUGCUUGGUCAGAGGAAAAAGGCGCUUGCCAAAGCCAAAAGUGAGUAG